AUGUUGGGAUCCUUAUUAACCCUCUUGCCCCUUGUGGGUGCUGCAGCCGUUGAAUCACAGACAUCGCAGCGUGACUGUCCUGGCUAUAAGGCCUCUAAUGUCAAGAAGGAUGGAAAGUCCGUAAAGGCAGACUUGACGUUGGCUGGUUCUCCCUGCAAUACCUACGGCACGGAUCUGCGUGACCUCAAACUCCUUGUGGAGUAUCAGACCGAUGAACGUCUACAUGUGAUUAUCUACGAUGCCGACGAACAGGUUUACCAGGUUCCCGAAUCUGUCCUCCCCCGUGUGGACGGGAACAGCAGCUCCAGCGACACAUCGUUGCUCGAUUUUGACUUUGUGGAAGAGCCGUUCUCGUUCGUCGUCUCACGAGACAAUGAGGUACUUUUCAACACUUCUGCGUCGAACCUCGUAUUUCAGUCUCAGUACUUGAACCUGCGCACCUGGCUUCCAAACGAUCCCUACCUCUACGGGCUAGGAGAACACUCUGACCCUAUGCGGCUGCCCACAGACAACUACACUCGCACACUCUGGAACCGCGACGCAUACAGUGCUCCCAACAGAAGCAACCUCUACGGUAGCCAUCCAGUCUACUAUGACCACCGUGGCGAAUCUGGCACUCACGGUGUCCUAUUCUUGAACUCUAACGGUAUGGACAUCAAGAUCAACAGAACCGAAGACGGUCAGCAAUACCUCGAAUACAACACCUUGGGUGGUGUUUUCGACUUCUACUUUUUCACUGCGCCUACCCCUAAAGAGGCAAGCAUCGAGUACGCUAAGGUUGUCGGCUUCCCCGCGAUGCAGAGUUACUGGACAUUGGGUUUUCAUCAAUGCAGAUAUGGAUACCGUGAUGUCUAUAAUGUAGCAGAAGUGGUGUAUAACUACAGUCAAGCAGGAAUCCCACUGGAAACCAUGUGGACAGAUAUUGACUACAUGGAUCGGAGGAGAGUGUUUACUCUUGACUCGGAAAGAUUUCCGCUGGAAAAGAUGCGCGAACUCGUCAAUUACUUACAUCAGCACGAUCAAAAGUACAUCUUAAUGGUGGAUCCCGCUGUAAGCGUCAGCAACAACACAGCAUACUCCACUGGUGUGAGCGAGGGCGUCUUCCUCUACCACCAAAAUGGAAGUCUAUAUGAGGGUGCGGUCUGGCCUGGCGUGACUGUCUAUCCGGACUGGUUCAAUGCCGAUACCCAAGAUUUCUGGAAUGCUCAAUUCGGACGGUUCUUCAAUGCUAGUUCGGGGGUUGACAUUGACGGUCUGUGGAUUGACAUGAACGAAGCGGCCAACUUCUGUCUUUAUCCAUGUGCGGAUCCUCAAGCAUUCGCCAUUUCGGAUAACCUCCCACCCGCGGCGCCUCCUGUUCGGGCUAGCAGUCCUCGCGUACUGCCUGGUUUCCCUGCGGACUUCCAGCCUUCCGUGUCCAAGCGAUCAAGCAAGGGGCUAGGAACCAAAGGGGCCAAAGUCGGACUCGCCAACCGCAACCUUACUGACCCGCCUUACAAGAUUCAAAAUGCGGCUGGUGUUAUUAGUAUGAACACAAUUCAAACUGAUAUCGUCCAUGCCGGGGAAGGUUACGCUGAAUAUGAUACACAUAACUUGUAUGGAACGAUGAUGAGCACGGCGUCUCGCGAUGCCAUGGCCUUCCGUCGCCCUGACGUUCGACCGUUCAUUAUCACUCGCAGUACGUUUGCUGGAGCCGGAGCGCAUGUUGGACACUGGCUGGGCGACAACAUCAGCGACUGGGUCCACUACCGGAUCUCCAUCGCGCAGAUUCUGGCGUUCGCCUCGAUGUUUCAAAUUCCCAUGGUAGGAGCCGACGUGUGCGGAUUUGGUGGGAACACCACCGAGCAGCUCUGUGCCCGGUGGGCGUCUCUCGGCGCUUUCUACACCUUCUACCGCAAUCACAAUGAGAUCAACGACAUCUCCCAAGAGUUUUACGUCUGGCCCACCGUGGCGGAGUCCGCUCGCAAGGCCAUCGACAUCCGGUAUAGGCUUCUAGACUACAUUUACACGUCCCUGCACCGGCAAUCUCAAACUGGGGAGCCGUUCUUGCAACCCCUAUUCUAUCUGUAUCCAGAAGACAAGAACACCUUCACCAACGACCUCCAGUUCUUCUUCGGCGAUGCCAUCCUUGUCAGUCCAGUCAUUGAAGAGAACUCGACUUCCGUCAACGCCUACUUCCCCGAUGAUAUCUUUUACGACUGGUACACCGGAGAAGCGCUACGAGGACGGGGUGCAAACGUCACGCUCAAGGACAUCGACUUCACGCACAUUCCCAUACAUGUCCGUGGCGGAAGCAUCGUGCCGAUCCGGUCGUCCAGCGCCAUGACAACGAGCGAGAUCCGCCAGAAGGGCUUUGAACUGCUUAUUGCUCCGGGUCUGGAUGGAACUGCGUGGGGAAGUCUGUACUUGGAUGACGGAGACUCGCUCGAGCAGUCCGAGGUGUCGGAGAUCACUUUCCACUACAGCCGUAAGAGUCAGGAGCUACGGGUCUCGGUCGAGAACGGAUCUGAGCUCAGGGUGGAAAAGAUUACUGUGCUUGGUGCGUCAGCGAAAAAGACGAAUGAGGAAGGGUUUAGUCUCGCUUCAUCGUUGAAGGUGAAGCUUGCGUGAAUCAUUACGUAC